AUUAAUAAUUAGAAGAAUAGUGAAAAGCUGGUAGUUGUUGAGCGCGAGUGUUUGAGAAUCAGCCACGCUUCCCCUCCCUCCCAACCUUCAACUCGUCACCAAUUUAAAUUCAUUCAAUUCAAUUCAAUCAUAGCAUAGACAUAAAAAGAAAGACAAAUUAGUUUGUGUGCGAGUGUGUUAGGUUUUGUUGUUGAAUAUUGAAAAUUGAAAAUUGAAAAUGGGUUUUAGUAAUGGGAAUUCAGAUUCGAAAUUAGAAACGGUUGAGAUAAAGGAGCUGAGAUUCACUUAUCCUGGCAUCGACGGCCAUCCUCCGCCGGGUUCCAAACCUCUCAUUCAAGACUUCUCUCUCACACUCUCUUCCGGUGAUCGUUGCCUUCUCGUCGGAUCCAAUGGCGCCGGAAAGACCACAAUCCUGAAGAUAUUAGGAGGUAAGCACAUGGUGGAGCCUGAAAUGGUUCGUGUGCUUGGAAGAUCGGCUUUUCAUGAUACCACUUUAACAUCUUCUGGUGAUCUCUGUUAUCUUGGUGGUGAGUGGAGGAGAGAUGUUGCAUUUGCAGGUUUUGAAGUUCCAAUACAGAUGGACAUUUCUGCUGAGAAAAUGAUAUUUGGUGUGGCCGGUAUUGAACCUGAAAGAAGAGCAGAGCUUAUCAAGGUAUUAGAUAUCAAUCUUUCAUGGAGAUUGCAUAAAGUAUCUGAUGGUCAGAGAAGAAGAGUGCAAAUUUGUAUGGGUCUCCUCAAACCAUUCAAGGUUCUUCUUCUGGAUGAGAUAACAGUCGACCUUGAUGUUCUAGCAAGAGCUGACCUUCUGAACUUUCUAAGAAAGGAAUGUGACGAGAGGGGUGCCACUAUUAUAUAUGCAACACAUAUAUUUGACGGUCUUGAGAAUUGGCCAACAAACAUUGUUUAUGUAGCUCAUGGAAGGUUGCAAUUAUCAUUACCCAUAGAGAAAGUCAGAGAAACUAGCAAACUGUCACUAAUGAGAACGGUAGAAGUUUGGCUACGGAAGGAACGCAAUGAAGAUAGAAGAAUAAGGAAAGAAAAGAAGGCUGCUGGCCUUCCUGAAUUCGAAAAGCAAGUUGAGGGAAGCCGUGUAGCCGGGGGAGAUCCUGGACGAGCUUCGGUUCGAGUUACUAAUAAUGGUUGGGCCGCAGGCCGGUUACAUUCAACUGUUGCUGGCGAGGAAAACUUCCUCCUAAGCUCAAACCGAGUAUUGAGGUAGUAUACUACAAAUGGGAAACUUACUCCUAAGCUCAAACCGAGUACUGAGGCAGUAAAAUGAUUUUCAAAUUAUACGAGGGCGUUUACUGUUUGAUUUUAUGAACUUAAAAUAAAAUUCAUUUGCCAAUACUUUCUGGCACAUAUAAUCCUUUGUUAUAUAGGGUCACAUGUUAUGCAGAUAAAGUUAUGUUUAACGUAUGUAGCUUCGAAAGUUUAUAAUGCUUGCUUGAAAGCGUUUUGUAAUCUUGUUGUUUCAUAUUUGUAAGUUGUAACCCUGUAUUUGGGUAGAAAGAGAACAAUAGCAGCCUUAAUUAUUAAAAAAAAAAAAAUACUAUUGGGUCUUUACAUCUGUGUUUGGCCCAAUUU